UCUAACGCAUUACUUUAGCACCGUCUCCAUUGGAUGCUUCUGUAUUUUUCCGCCGAUGGUGAUAUCAUACAGAAUAUCAGCCACGCUUGCCAAUGAAUUACAGCUUGUCCUAUUUAGCCAUCUAACCACAAGGCAGUGGCAGAAAACAGUCGUCUCGUUCAGAGAGAGAGCGAGAGAGCUGUGAAAUGGGCAUAUAAACCUGUAUCAAGCAUAUUAUCUAAAUUGACAUUUAAAUACAUCGGAAUGGCUUGUAAUCCAUUACCAAAAAUUCACCCCACUAAACAGUAACAUUAAUUACCGGUAUCGUAAUUCGACCGUAAUUAAAACCUCGAGCCUGUGGAGAUGGGAUUCCUCCACCAGCUACAUCUUCUGCUGUGGAAGAAUGUGUCUUUGAAGAGAAGAGGACCGUGGGUGUUGGCCUUUGAGAUCUUCAUCCCCCUGGUCCUUUUCUUCAUCCUGCUGGGCCUGCGCCAGAAGAAACCUGCCAUCCCUGUCAAGGAAGUCUCCUUCUACAGUGCAGCACCCCUCACCUCAGCAGGCAUCAUCCCCAUCAUGCAGUCUCUGUGUCCCGACGGCCAGAGGGACGAGUUUGGCUUCCUGCAGUACAAGAACUCCACUGUGACCCAGUUGUUGGAGCGGAUCAGUGAUGUGGUGUUACAGAACCACCUGCUCACAGCAGACAGGCCAGGACUGGGCCAGGAGCUGGAGUCCCUGCAACAACACCUGGAGAGACUCAGCACGCCCACAGGGCGCUCCCCGCUGGACAACGGCUUCAACACCAGCCAAGGGUUCACCGUGGCCAGUAUGUUGAAGAACCAGUCUGUUUUCCGUCAGUUUCUGGUCAGGAAUCUGUCUCUCCCCAAUAACACGGCCAACCUUCUGCUCUCCACUCCUGUCAACCUCAAAGAGGUCUUCAACAUGAUAUUUGGCCUGUACCCCAGAGCUGGAGGGGGGAGUAGUCAUGCUUCAGGCGGGGCAAAAGAGACCGCACAAACCCCUGCAGAGAAGAGCCUUCAACUGGAAGAGAAGCUUCUGGGAGCCAUGCAUCGUCUGGACGGAGGACUGAUCCACAAAGCUUUACGAGACCCAACCAAAGCAGCCCAUCGGCAGGGCCUACUCAAACUCAUGUCUCAGGCAUUAGGCCUAGCAGAAGGAGAGGCAGGCCAGAGAUACGAUCCCCAGGGACUGAAGGAGAUGGAGGGUGUUCUCCUGACUGGUGCCAUGUUGGAAAUGCUUACUUGUGGGGAGGAUGGGACUGGUGAGCUGAGCAAGAUCCUAUUGGUUCCUGAGAAGCAGCAGUCCCUGCUCCAGGCCUAUCGCAGCACAGUGUGUGAUGGAGGGGAGGGACAGAGGACUGAGCGCUUUGGAGAGAUGAGCCAGGAGCUGAGAGACCAGAUAGACACACAGAGCCUCGUUGACAAGCUGCGUCUGGAGAAGGUCAACUUCUCGGCUCCUCUGUCCCAGUCCCACCUGGGUGCUCUGCUGAAAGACCUGGCUGACGUGGAGAGGCUCUUCAGGGACGUAGACCUGCUGUCAGGCCUGGCUCGCCUGCUCCCUAAGGGGGCCUGUGCUGGGGGUCAUACGGCCCCUGGGGCCCCCGCCAACACCACCACCUCCUGGGCCCGCAACGCCACUACCUGGGGGCCCAACACCACUGAGACCCCUGGGGAGGAGGGAGGAGAGGAGGAGGGUGGAGGACGAGAGAAAGAGAAAGGGAAAGAGAAUCCUCAUUCACAGUUUUCUGCUUUUGUACAGCUGUGGGCAGGGCUGCAGCCUAUUCUGUGUGGGAACGAUAGGAUCAUUGAGCCUGAAGCUUUGAAGCAGGGGAAUAUGAGCUCUCUGGGUUUCACCAGUAAAGAGCAGCGCAAUCUGGGUUUACUCGUGCAUCUGAUGACUACAAAUCCCAAGAUCCUCUACUCUCCCGUUGGCUCACAGGUGGACAAAGUCAUUCAGAAGGCAAAUGAGACAUUUGCGUUUGUGGGGAACGUGACUCACUACGCCAGGGUGUGGCUCAAUAUCUCUGCCCAGCUCAGGACCUACCUGGAGGAGGGAAAGCUGCACCACCAGCUGGCCUGGCUGCAGCUGUUGACCUCUAACCUGCGUGGUCACCCGGAGCUGCUGAACGGGACGGACAGUGACCUGUUGCGUGGGCUGCUGGAUGGCAACUACACCCUGUCCAACACCUCCACCCUGCUGGGGCAGCUGGACACCAUCGACAACGCAGCCUGCGGCUGGACACACUUCAUGUCCAAGGUCAGUGUGGAUAUCUUCAAGGGUUUCCCUGAUGAAGACAGCAUCGUCAACUAUACCCUGAACCAAGCCUACCACGAUAACAUCUCAGUGUUUGCCAGUGUGAUAUUCCAGACCAACAGAGAUGGCUCCCUGCCUCCUCAUGUCCUCUAUAAGAUCAGACAGAACUCCAGCUUCACAGAGAAAACCAACGAGAUCCGCCGGGCCUACUGGCGCCCGGGGCCCAACACAGGGGGAAAGUUCUACUUUCUCUAUGGCUUUGUGUGGAUCCAGGAUAUGAUAGAGAGAGCCAUCAUUAACACGUUUGUGGGUCAUGACGUGGUGGAGCCUGGGAACUAUGUUCAGAUGUUCCCCUACCCCUGCUACACCAGAGACGACUUCCUGUUUGUGAUCGAGCACAUGAUGCCUCUGUGCAUGGUGAUCUCCUGGGUGUACUCUGUAGCCAUGAUGAUCCAACACAUUGUGGCUGAGAAGGAGCACCGGCUCAAAGAGGUGAUGAAGAUGAUGGGCCUGAACAAUGCGGUCCACUGGGUGGCCUGGUUCAUCACUGGCUUCGUCCAGCUGUCCAUCUCAGUGACCGCCCUGACGGCCAUCUUGAAGUAUGGCAGAGUGCUCCUCCACAGUGACAUCCUCAUCAUCUGGCUCUUCCUCUCCAUCUACGCCAUCGCAACGAUCAUGUUCUGUUUCCUGGUGUCAGUGAUCUACUCCAAGGCCAAGCUGGCGUCUGCCUGUGGCGGGAUAAUCUACUUCCUAAGCUACGUCCCCUACAUGUACGUGGCCAUCAGGGAGGAGGUGGCCCAUGACAAGAUCACCGCCUUUGAAAAGUGCAUUGCUUCUCUGAUGUCGACCACAGCGUUCGGCCUGGGCUCUAAGUACUUUGCCCUGUAUGAGGUGUCAGGAGUUGGCAUCCAGUGGCGCACCAUCAACCAGUCGCCUGUAGAGGGCGAUGACUUUAACCUUGGUCUGUCCAUGAUGAUGCUCAUCAUCGAUGCCAGUGUGUAUGGAGUUCUCACCUGGUACAUAGAAGCUGUGCAUCCAGGGAUGUAUGGGCUGCCCCGGCCGUGGUACUUCCCCCUGCAGAAGUCCUAUUGGCUGGGCAGUGGGCGUGUGGAGACGUGGGAGUGGCCUUGGGGAGGAGCAGCCAGGCUGAGUGUCAUGGAAGAGGACCAGGCGUGUGCCAUGGAACACCGGCGAUGUGAGGAGAUGCGUGGUAUGGAAGAGGAGCCCAGCCACCUGCCCCUGGUGGUGUGUAUAGACAAGCUGACCAAGGUGUACAAGACGGGCAAUAAACUGGCCCUCAACAAGCUGAGCCUCAACCUUCAUGAGAACCAGGUGGUCUCCUUCCUGGGCCACAACGGAGCUGGAAAGACAACCACCAUGUCUAUUCUGACAGGUCUGUUCCCGCCCACCUCGGGCUCAGCCACCAUCUACGGCCAUGACAUCCGUACUGACAUGGAGCGUAUCAGGCAGAACCUGGGUAUGUGUCCCCAGCACAACGUGCUCUUUGACAAGCUCAGUGUGGAGGAGCACCUGUGGUUCUACUCCAAACUCAAAGGCAUGGCCGAGGAGGACAUCCGCAAGGAGAUGGACAAGAUGAUCGAGGAUCUGGAGCUGAAUAAUAAACGGCACAGCCUGGUCCAGACUCUGUCUGGAGGAAUGAAACGGAAACUGUCCGUUGCCAUAGCGUUUGUGGGCGGCUCCCGGGCAGUCAUCCUGGAUGAGCCCACGGCGGGUGUCGACCCUUACGCACGCAGAGCCAUCUGGGACCUCAUCCUCAAGUACAAACAGGGCCGCACCAUCCUGCUGUCCACCCACCACAUGGAUGAGGCUGACCUGUUAGGAGACCGCAUAGCCAUCAUCUCCCAUGGGAAACUCAAGUGCUGCGGCUCCCCACUCUUUCUCAAGAGCACCUACGGAGACGGCUACAAACUCACCCUGGUCAAGAAACAGAGUGAGAGCGGCGACCAGGUCACCCAGCCUCCAUUCUUCCUGUCUCCCUGCUCCUCCUCCUCCCUGUCUCCCUCCUCCUCCCUGUCCCCCUCCUCCCUGUCUCCCUGCUCGGAGGCCCGGGUCACCAAGUUCAUCCGUCAGUUCGUGGGGUCCUGUCUGCUGGUGUCUGACUCCAACACUGAGCUGUCCUAUGUGCUGCCUUCGGAGGCUGUCAAGAAGGGCUGCUUUGAGAGGCUCUUUCAGGCGUUAGAGCAGAGUCUGGACCUCCUGGCUCUGACCAGCUUCGGGGUGAUGGACACCACUCUGGAAGAGGUCUUCCUCAAGGUGUCAGAGGAGGACCAGUCCCUGGAGAACAGUGAUGCUGACAUGAAGGAUUCCCCGGGCGGUAGCUCAAUGGGGAAGCCUGCUGCUGCGGUGGUGGGUCUGGGGGCCUCUGGGCCGCAGGGUGAUGGCCCGGGGCCGGGGGCUCCUGCAGGAGGCAGCAGCAGUGUGCUGAGACCAGGGGUAGAGCUCAGUAACCUGGUAAACUGCUCCAGGCUCAGCCAGAGUCAGUCGUCCCUGCGCUCAUCCUCCUCCCUGGGGUCCGUGCGGGGAGACGAGGGGGGGCUCUACACAGACUUCUAUGGAGACUACUGCCCCCUCUUCGACAACGGACAAGACCCUGACUCUACCAGCCUGACGGCGGAAGCGGAUGAGACCUCUGGCCCUGAGCAGCCUGUGGUCCUGGAGGACCAGGGCAGCUUCAAGCUGGAGGGUUGGUGGCUGAAGCUACGUCAAUUCCAUGGCCUCAUCGUGAAGAGGUUCCACUGUGCCAAGAGGAACACCAAGGGUCUUUUCUCUCAGAUCCUGCUGCCUGCAUUCUUCGUCUGUGUGGCCAUGACCGUAGCCCUGUCUGUGCCUUCCAUCGGAGAUCUGCCACCAUUGGUCUUGUCUCCAUCCCAGUACCACAACUACACCCAGCCUCGUGGCAACUUCAUACCCUACGCCAACGAAGACCGCCCACAGUACAGCAGUAAACUGUCCCCAGACGCCAGCCCUCAGAAGAUCGCCAACACGCUCCGUCUGCCUUCUGGCGUGGGCGCCACCUGCGUCCUCAAAACGCCCUUCAACAGCACCCUGGACCAGCUGGCACAGACGCUCAACCCCAGUGCCAACAACUCCAAAACCCUAGCUGCCCGCUACUUUGACUCCAUGUGUCUGGAUUCCUUCACCCAGGGAGUGCCCCUGUCCAACUUCGUACCCCCUCCCCCCUCGCCAGCCCCCUCAGAUGACCCCGACCCUCGUUUUGAGGAUAGACUGUGGAACUUCACUGCUGCCACUCUUACCACUGUACGGGAAACAGUGACCUCUCCCCCCACCUUGCCUCUGUCUAUCCGGGAGCCGGUUCGUUGUAUCUGCUCCAUGCAGGGGACGGGCUUCUCCUGCCCCAGUGGGGUCGGGGGGCGGCCGCCCCUUAUGAAGGUGGUCACUGGGGACAUUCUGGUGGACAUCACCGGGCGCAACGUGUCAGAGUACCUCCUCUACACCUCUGACAGACUGCGCCUGCACAGAUAUGGAGGACUCACUGUAGGCAACAUACAGAAAUCAGUCCCAGCAUCCUUUGGGAAAAAUAAUCCGCCCAUGGUUCGCAAAAUAGCCGUGCGCAGAUCAGCUCAGGUGCUGUACAAUAAUAAAGGGUACCACAGCAUGCCAACCUAUCUCAAUGUCCUCAACAACGCCAUCCUGCGCGCCAAUCUGCCUCCAGGCAAGGGCAACCCUGCUGCAUACGGAAUCACCCUGACCAACCACCCUAUGAACCGUACCAGUGCAAGGCUCUCUUUGGACUACCUGCUCCAGGGCACUGAUGUGGUGAUAGCCAUCUUCAUCAUCGUGGCCAUGUCCUUUGUACCAGCCAGCUUUGUGGUCUUCCUAGUGGCAGAAAAGUCUACCAAGGCGAAGCACCUGCAGUUUGUCUCUGGAUGUGACCCAGUCAUCUACUGGCUGGCCAACUAUGUAUGGGACAUGCUGAACUACCUGGUGCCAGCCACGUGCUGUGUCCUUAUCCUGUUUGUCUUUGACCUUCCUGCGUACACAUCCCCAACCAACUUCCCCGCGGUCCUCUCUCUCUUCCUCCUCUACGGGUGGUCUAUAACUCCUGUCAUGUACCCUGCCUCCUUCUGGUUCGAGGUGCCCAGCACGGCCUAUGUGUUCCUCAUAGUCAUCAACCUCUUCAUAGGAAUCACUGCCACUGUAGCCACCUUCCUGCUGCAGCUCUUUGAACAUGACAAGGAUCUGAAACUGGUGAACAGCUACCUAAAGUCCUGUUUCCUUAUCUUCCCAAAUUACAACCUGGGUCACGGCCUGAUGGAAAUGGCCUACAACGAAUACAUCAAUGAGUACUAUGCUAAAAUAGGUCAGUUUGACAAGAUCAAGUCUCCAUUUGAGUGGGAUAUUGUGACUCGAGGGCUGGUUGCCAUGACAAUCGAGGGCUUUGUAGGCUUCUUCAUAACCAUCCUGUGCCAGUACAAUUUCCUCAGGAAACCCUCGAGAGUACCAGUCAGCUGCCAGCCCAUAGAGGAUGAUGAUGAGGAUGUGGCCUCUGAGAGAAGGAGAGUACUGAGAGGAGAAGCUGACAACGACAUGCUGAAGAUUGACAACCUCACCAAGGUGUACAAAUCGAGGAAGAUGGGGCGUAUCUUGGCUGUGGACCGGCUAUGUUUGGGCGUGCGUCCUGGGGAGUGUUUCGGCCUCCUGGGUGUGAACGGAGCAGGGAAGACCACCACCUUCAAGAUGCUGACUGGAGACGAGAGCACCACGGGAGGAGAGGCCUUCAUAGGGGGGAGCAGUAUCCUGAAGGAGCUGUUGAGGGUGCAGCAGAGCAUUGGCUACUGUCCUCAGUUUGACGCCCUGUUUGAAGACCUGACAGCCAGAGAGCACCUGGAGCUGUACACACGCCUCCGGGGCAUCCCCUGGAAGGACGAGGAAAGGGUGGUCUCAUGGGCCCUGGAGAAACUGGAGCUGUCCAAGUAUGCAGACAUGCCCGCUGGCACCUACAGUGGGGGAAACAAGCGCAAGCUGUCCACUGCCAUCGCCCUCAUCGGAUACCCCUCUCUCGUAUUCCUGGAUGAACCCACUACAGGGAUGGAUCCUAAGGCCCGCAGAUUCCUCUGGAACCUCAUCCUCGACAUCCUCAAGACGGGACGCUCUGUGGUGCUGACAUCACACAGUAUGGAGGAGUGUGAGGCUCUGUGCACCAGACUGGGCAUCAUGGUCAACGGCAGGUUCAAAUGCCUGGGUAGCAUCCAGCACCUCAAGAACAGGUUUGGUGAUGGUUAUAUGAUCACAGUCCGGACCAAGACCAGUUCCAGUGUGAAGGAGGUGGUGAGAUUCUUCAACAGGAAUUUCCCUGAGGCUGUACUAAAGGAGAGCCACCACACUAAGGUCCAGUUCCAGCUGAAGUCAGAGAGGAUCUCCCUGGCCCAGGUGUUCAGUAAGAUGGAGCAGGUGGUGGAGGUGCUGGGAAUAGACGACUACUCUGUCAGCCAGACCACACUGGACAACGUAUUUGUGAACUUUGCAAAGAAGCAGAGCGACAACCUGGAGCAGCAGGAGAGUUCGCCCCCUGGUGGAGGCCAGUCGCCACUGCAGCGCCUGCUAACCCUGCUCAGACCUCGGCUGGCCAACACGGAGCUCGACGCCCUGGUCAGCGAAGAACCGGAGGAACUAGAGAGUGAUGACGAUGAGGGCCUCAUCAGCUUCGAGGAGGAGAGGGUGCAGCUCUCCUUUAACACAGAUACACUCUGUUGAACUGUGGAAGCUCAGAGAGCCUGGACAGACAAAGUGGGAGGAGGAACCUCAGAGAGGGGGUGUGAUUGGACAGACAAAGUGGGAGGAGGAACCUCAGAGAGGGGGUGUGAUUGGACAGACAAAGUGUAAGGAGGAAAUUCAUAGGGGGCAUGUCUAUAGACAAAUAUGGGAUGAGGAAAUAACAUGAACUAGUCAGAGAGAGGAAGAGAAUGUACCUGUUCAUUUUUGGAUUGGAAGACAACCGUCUCCAUCUACCCAGGGGAAAGUAAGAUAAGUGUUAUUUUUAUCCUCAAACAGCUAACAGUGACAGAGACUGAGGCAUGGGACUCAGAGAAUGAGAUGCAGUGGGACAGAGAAAUGAAGUGAGCCUCUCAAAGCUGUCACAGAGUCAUUGGUCAUAGUUAAAGCCUGAAGUGUCCAUAAGACAAGGCCCCUGUCAUCAUGGGAAGCAUACUGAUACAGUGAGACAGCUUGUAUUUUAAUAAGAGAUAUGUUGUUAUAGGAAUGUCUAAAUGUAUUUAUUUUUGAGAAUGUAUUGAUAAAUGGGAACACUGAAAACCAAUGGGGUCUGUCUAGUAAGGACUAAAAUCACAAGGCUUGAUUUGGUAUUCAUGUUGCCUUCGCUAGUAGGUUGGCUUCAUUCAAUGUUGAUGAUGUCAGAAAAUAACAUAUCAUUGCUUCUGAUAUGACCACCUUACUGAGUUGAAUCUUUCCUCAGUUGUUUGACGCAGUGAGUUAGUGGUUCAUCAUUGGUCAAAUGUGUUCUGUCCCUGCCAAAGUACAAUGUUGUGUCCUUAAUGACACCCUAUUCUCUAUAUAGUGCACUACUUUAGACCAGGGCCCUAUUCUCUAUAUAGUGCACUACUUUAGACCAGGGCCCUAUUCUCUAUAUAGUGCACUACUUUUGAUCAGGGCCCCAUAAGGCUCUGUUCAAAAUAAGUGCAUUAUGUACUGAAGGGAAUAGGGUGCUAAGGGUCCUGGUACAAAGUAGUGCACUAUAUAGGAUGUAGGGUGCCAUUGGGACACAUCCCCAGUGUUCCUAUUCAACCAGAGAUGAUGUCCCCCCCCUUUAAAAAAAUAAUUGACCUGCCUUGAGAGCAUGCUGUCAUGAAACCAGUCAAACCAGUGUUGUGUCAUACAUAUACAGUAUAUACAAUACCUAUAUUUUCUGUGGCAAGAAGAAAGAUGUAUUUUAGAUAUUGAAAUGUAUAUGGGACAGAUGUGUGAUCUGUGAUCGAUUUGGCAAUAAUGGUUUAUAGGGGGAAGUAAAUGACCGUUUGGAAAAAGCGCCAAGUUUUGACAUGAGUCCUGAAUCGUUGGCCUUUUAUUUGAAAUCACUUUAUUAGAUGAAUUGAGUCACAGAGGAACGCUACACGACAUGUCCUGUUUUAAGAGAAUGCCUCUUCAUUUGGACAGGGGACAGUAUAUUUUUGUCUCGUCAUGAUAAAUAGAGCACUUUCUACUGAAUGCUUUAUUUUGUGCUUCUACAAUUCAUAAUGAUUUGGAUUCUUUCAAGAAGAUCACAUUUUGGACACAAUGUAAUAAUGUAGUUAACAGUGAAGGUUAUCCUCAAGAUCAUUGAAGUGAUUGAAAACCGUGAAAAUAACUUAAUAAUAACUCUCUUGUGUAAUAAUUAAGGUCACGUGCAAGAUGUACAAUAACAAGCAUACACUACUGCACUACUAUCACUGUGAGACAAAGAAGUUGAACUUUCAGAUCAUUGUUUAGUUUGAACUUAAAUGGAUUGUAUGAUUUACAAGAUGCUUUAAAGGCAGUUGGCUUACCGUACAUAUCUUUUGGAAGUUGGAGCACAUUUAAAGAACACCCGCACCACAUCAUUAGUGAAGGGAAAGGUUUAUGUUAUUGAAUAGUAUGUUGGCAUGUGAUUUGAACUGGAUAUUUUCAUGGAGUGUUUGUGUUGUGAAGAGCCAGUUAUAAUAUAUCGUUAUUCUUCUCAGAGGACACUUCAUUUAUUUCACGGACUAAUUCAACGUAAUUUAACAUAUGUUUUUGGUGAUUUCUAAUGUGAGACCUACUUGGACGUAUUUGCUCAUUUUCCUUGACUGUGGUGGGGUUGUUAUCCUUUUACUAUUAAGUAGAGGAAACGGACUGUUGUAAUUAGUUUUCAUCAGACUGUAAAGUAGGUUCAAUGUUUUACUGAAGUCCAGGAAAUAAUAUGAGAACAAGAAACAAUGCCUGUUUUUGAGAUGUGUUAAGUAAUGCUGUCUGUAUAUGUUAUGUUAUGUAUCUGAAAAUCAGUAAGGAAAGAUGCAUUGAACAUGAAACAAACUUGUGUCCUUUAACUCAGACUGAAUGAUGACCGUGAUGCUCUACUUUAACUAGAGUUCUGUGACCUCAAAAGGAACAUCAAUGUGAUUUAGGCCCAUUUUGGAUAAUUUGAUCUAUUUAACUUCUGUUGCCACACAAUGUAUCUCUGAAUACUUGUAAGAUCAAGGUAUUUGAAGUUUUCCCUGAGCAAAGCUUGACUUUUUUUUAAAAGAGCAACAUUUAGGAUACUUUCACUUUCUCUUCAGCGCAGAAUUCACUACAUAAAUGUAUCUGGGGGAAAACUAUUUAACACAGAUGUUUUUUUGACACCAGCAAAUAUGAGAGUUAGGUGCAAUUCUACAUGGUUUCAAAUACUGUAUACUAUGGGAUGGAAAAAAUGAUUCAGUCAAUCUAGUGAAUACUCAGCUUUGCUCUAAAGCUGAAUGCUUUGGAAUUUAUCCAGGCAGUGUAUUGUACGUGUGCAUAUGAAUAUAAAUAUAUAUUUAUAUGUUGUGAAAAUAUGUUAGUUGACAUUAUUCUGUUGUAAAACAUCUGUCCAUGUUGUUCUCGUGAUAUUUUUGGACUUAAUGUAACAUCUGGUCUUGUUCCUGAUUUUACUGUUGUUUCUGUACUCUGUGCUUCACGUUUGGUGAUCUGGAUUUUUAAACAAAAAAUAAUACAAAUCAAUCAGGUAUCAGCUGGGUACUUUCUAUGGUUUUGUUCCUAAAUUGAAUUACGGUGUUCUAGCUAUACCUUGAAAACGUUAGGUAUUUGGACCAAAUAAUUUACAUGCACUUUGAACGCUUGCAUUCAUUUCGCUUACAAUAAACAUAUGAGAAUAGGAGUGUGAUAUAUCCAUUUCAUUUGAUGAUGUCCUGAGGAGUUUUUACUGACAUUAUUCAACAGAAAAAUGCAGUGAUUUACAGAGGCUCUUUAUCCAUAUAUCUAAAACUUCAUGACUACCAUUUUGGAUCGUGUUCAUCAUUAUUUGAUCUAAUUAAACCUUGCUACCCAACACAUCCCCGUGCAUACUAGAUAAAGGCCAUUGAAGUUUUCAAUGAGCAAAGCUUGGUUUAAAAGAAAGAAAGUUAAAUUGAGGAUUUUCUUAGAGCUCGAUUGAGUCCUUAGCUCUGAAGAUGUGAGUUGUAGAGUGAUUUACAUUUAAAGGCAAUGUUCCCACGUUAGUGGAGACUGCAUUCGGUCUGCAUGUCGGCUCGAUUGGAAAUGAUCCUUAAAUGUCAACGGUAGUGAAUCGAGCCCUAAGUUUUAUUUUCAGUGCAGAUCAUACUGUACAAAAGUAUCUGGAGAAAAACUAUUAAACACAGGUUGUUUUUUUUAAGACACCAGCAAAUAUCAGUUAGCCUAACUUAAUUAGGUGCAAAUCCACAUGGGUGCAAAUACUGUACACUAUGAGAUGAAAAUGCAUCUUCAAUCAUUCUAGUGAAUACUCAGCUUUCAUCUGUAGCAAAAUGCUUUGGAAUUUAUCCAGGCAGUAUAUGUGUGCAUAUGAAUAUAAAUGUAUAUUCAUAUUUUAUGAAAAUGUGUCUGUUGACAUUAUUCUGUUGUAAAGCAUCUGUUCAUAUUGUUCUCGCGUUACAUUGGGUCUUAAAGUAACAUCUGGUCUUGUUCCUGAUUUUACUGGUGUUUCUGUACUCUGUGCUUCACGUUUGGUGAUCUGGAUUUUUAAACAAAACAAAUAAAUCAGGUACCAUCA